AUGUCUGCAGUGGUGGAUGUUUGGAUGAGCGAGUUGGCAAAGCUGAAAGACAAGGUAGGGGCUAAGAAGCGACUGGUGUUUUCAUCAAAGGGAAAACAAGGAGAAGGUGAUGAUGAGGUUGAAGAACCACAGCAAGUGUUGAAAGAAGCAAGAAAAGAGAGCAGCAGAAUGGCUGAGACUCAGAGGGACUUGGAUUCCUCUACGCUUUCAGAGCCCACAGUUCGUUUGCUUAUGGAACGUUUUGUGCCUUGCCGUGAAACUGAAUUUAUUCAGAACAUUGUCAACGAGAUUUCCUUACAAGUAUUAAAUGAUACCCACAUCAAUGUGGCAAAAUACCAAGUCGGAAUAGAGGCUCGUGUACAAGAUCUUCAUAAAGUUUUAGAUGUUGACGGAAAUGAUGUUCGCAUGGUAGGAAUAUGGGGGAAUGGUGGAAUAGGAAAGACAACUCUUGCUAAAGCUGUUUAUAACUCACUGGCCCAUAUGUUUGAAGGGAGUUGUUUUCUGGAAAAUGUCAGAGAAAGAUCAAUACCAUAUGGAGGCCUAGUCGACCUACAAAAUCUUCUUCUUUAUGAGAUUCUAAGGGGAAAGGAAAUAAGGGUUACCAGUGCCGAUAAAGGAAUCAAUGUGAUAAAGGAAAGGUUGAGUCGUAAAAAGGUUCUCUUAAUUGUUGAUGAUGUGGAUCAUUUGGACCAGUCAAACAACUUAGUUGGAGGGUGCGAUUGGUUUGGUUUGGGCAGUAGAAUUAUCAUAACAACAAGAGAGCAUUUGCUAACUUGUCAUAGAGUUAGUAUAAUCUACGAGGCAAAGAAAUUAAAUUAUCAUGAAUCUCUUGAUCUCUUCUUUAGUUGGAAUGGUUUUACAAGAACUAGAAAUUUGGAUGAUGAUUAUGUGGAACUUGCAGAAUUUGUGGUGGACUAUGCUGGAGGUCUUCCAUUAGCUCUCAAGGUUUUAGGUUCACAUCCAUGUGGUAGAAGCAUUGAUGUGUGGCAUGAUGCAUUGGAUGGUGCUCUUCACUCAGACAUUCAAAAAACUCUCAAAAUAAGCUAUGAUGCACUGGAAGAUUUGGUGAAAGAAGUUUUCCUAGACAUAGCAUGUUUCUUUAAAGGCAAAGAUAUGAACAAUGUGAUAUCGAUCCUGGAAGGUUGUGACCUCAAGCCUAAGCAUGCUAUUGAAGUACUCGUAGAAAAGGCCCUCAUAUAUAUUGAACAAAACAAAAUUUGGAUGCAUGACUUGCUAGAAGAAUUGGGUAGAGGUAUAGUUCAUCAAGAGUCACCAAAUGAGCUUGGUGAACGUAGCAGAGUGUGGUUUCAUGAGGAUGUUCAUCGUGUUUUAACAGAAGGAACAGUAAGUGUGUGUGUGUGUGUCUACACUUGAAUUUUUAUUUGCUAAAGA